UAGACACGACCAUAGAGGUGGUAGUUUUUCAUGCAUUGCUGAUUUCUGACAGACCAUAAAUCGAAUCGCACAGACUGAACAAAGAAAAGGGGGAUGUUUGAAAAGAAAAGAAAAACGUAAGCAGAUUCCUUUUCCCGGCCGCAGCAGAGCAGACAAACAGUUCACAAGAAAUAUAAGGAAAAAAAGUGAGCACAGGGCUGUGAUUGACGAACACAGGUUCGCCAUAGUCACAUGGUGUGGAUUUCCGCUUUGACACAUUUGCUUUCAGCAGCACAGCAGGGCAGGGACACACCACAUACGACACAUGCAGUGUUACUGUACGGAACUAUCUGUAGCAGAGCUGCAAUAUGGUGCUGUGAAGAGAGAGCGCUCCACUCAACCAUGCAAUCCACCACGAACCUCAACAGGCUCCUGCGACAGAGCAGGCAGGACAGUUACAUUAUGGAGGGCUCUCUGAGGAAGAAGGGUCGUCUGUGGUAUCAGCGCUCCCUGAAGGAACCCCAUAACAAAACCAGUCAGAAUGGGGGGGCUACUCCCGGGACUCUGCCAAGUGGCUGGCAACAGUCCAACAGAGCCCGCUCAAACUCCUUAGUGGAUUACACUGACCCUCAGAGGACUACCAUUAUGUUGCAAAAGCAAGACAAUGAGACUUUUGGAUUUGAAAUUCAGACGUAUGGCAUGCAGCUGAAGAAAAGCAUGGCGGUGGAGAUGUGCACGUUUGUGUGCAAGGUGCAGGAGGACAGCUCAGCUGAGAGUGCAGGUCUGACCGCCGGUGAUGUUAUCGUCACCAUCAAUGGGGUCAGCAUUGAGGGGUCAAGCCAUCAGGGCAUCGUUGACCUGAUUCGAGAAUCCAACAACCUAUUACGGAUGGAGACGGUGUGUGGGACAGUGGUGAAGAGGAUUGAACUGAAGAAGAAGAUGAGCUUGCUCAAGCAAAGCCUGAGAGAGAAAAGGGUGGAGUUGCAAGCGCUCACAUUACAGGAAAAAUGUCUUACGCGAGGUAACCUGAAUGACAGUUCUCUACACCCCUCUAUGGACUCCCUGAUGUCUCCAAUGUCUCUGUCAGGACACAGUGGCCACCGCGGCCACCGCUUCUCCAGUGACAGUAGCUGCCAGAGUGGGAUGACGGAGGACAGUGACCUGGCCAGUGUGUUUGGCGACCUGGGCUCCCCGAGCCCCUGCAGUGUGGCCAGUCCAGACGAUAGUUGCUUCUUCUCCAGUGACUUCACCGAGGAGGGGCCCCUCAGGCCCCCAGCCAGCCUCAGCCGUACCCGCAGCGGUAGCCUGUCCAGCCGCAGUAGUUCCCUCUCCUCCCCCUCCCCCACAUGGGAUGCCUCCAGAGUCUCCUCCCUGUUUGGGACUCUCCCCAGGAAGGCCAGAAGAGCCAGCGUCCGCAAACACAUCCUGAAGUUCAUCCCUGGAUUCAACCACUCAGUGGAGGAGGAGGACACCUGAACUGAGCUAUGAACGAACACUACAGUACGUCUUUGUGUGAUUUGACGUUCAAUACAAACAUUUCUCGCUGAGACAGUCCUAAUAUGGAUACCAUACCUGGACUCGGGAAGAGACACGUACUAUAUGAGCAUUAUGGACAUGAGAAGCAUUAGGAGGAAGCAAGCAUUCUCCCUUUGGAAAAAAAGCCUUCAGUUAUCUACUGAUACUGUGUGCAUGAUGGACUUGCUUUGGUGUUGCACUUUCACACAACCGUUUUCAGAGGAUUUGUUCUUGACCAAAAUCCUAGAGGAAACAGCGUCAAUUCUUAAAAUUGUAACACUUCUUUGUAAUAAAGAAUGCAGUUAUUUGUAAUAAGGAACGCAAGAACUCAGUUCAUGUGUGUGCAGCCAAUGAAACAAAGAUUGUGCUUGCCAUUUCUAAAAUUGUGACCAUUGGAUGUAGGGUGAUAACUAAAAGAGACUAUGAAUGAAAAGGCUCGAUCUUCCUCAAUUAAACAUUUUGCUUGUAUAUAACUUAAGACAUGUAUGCGUUGCAUAUUUACAUGUGAUCAAACAAGUUAUUGGACAGCAUGUCUGGCAGUUUUGUCACGUAAAAAAGUGUGAGUUCUUAGCUACGUGGUUAACUGCACAGUUCAAAACAGGAUGUGGGCAGAGAAGGUGCUACGUUCUUCACUAUUUCUGUUCCCAUUGCCACAUUUGGCUUGCUUAUGUAUCUACAACUUUCUGUCUUGAUAAACUACACGUCUGAAGUUUCCUGUAAUUCAGGACAUUUUUCAGUAACUUGGAGUGUCGUGUAAUGUAAUUUGUUUUAUGCUUGCUGUCUUCAUAUUGCUGCUUUUAUUAAGGUUCAAAGCAAAUAUGUUUUGAAAUUCUCUGAACACAAGUGACCUGUAAAAAAUGCACAAAUAAACUGUCACUCGUUACAUA